AUGGGAGUCGAUUUAAGAGAUAUGAAGCCUUCCUCUAGCACGCUCACCGGCUUCAAUGGAGCCUCGGAGCAAAUGAUCGGGACAAUUCGUUUUCCAGUAUACGCAGGUGGUAUAACCCGCAUCGUCAAGUUCUCCGUCAUCCGCGCAAAAGCACCCUAUAAUGCCAUACUCGGAACACCAUGGCUGCAUUCCAUGAAAGCCGUUCCUUCGACUUACCAUCAAUGCGUCAAGUUUCCCGGAAAAGACGGUAAAACACAGACGAUUCGGGGAGACCAACAAGCCGCGAGAGAACUGCUGAUCGCCACUGUAAAAAUGCAACAACAGACUUCCCUUGUCAACUCCGUCGGUAAACCGCUCCACAAGAUCUACCCCCAGAAGGAGGAAGUUCGCGAAGUCGCAAUCGACGAGUCUGAUCCGACAAAUAUCAUCCGAGUUGGCGUCUACUUGUCUGACGAUAUAUGUUCACGGAUCAUCUCUUUCAUCAAAGAGAACGCCUCGACGUUCGCCUGGAAGACCUCCGACAUGAAGGGAAUCGACCCUGCAGUUACCUCCCACGAACUGCACGUCGACCCGACAUUCAAACCCAUCCGACAGAAGCGACAGAAACUCAGGCCAGAGCGAUCUAAAGCUGUAAACGAAGAAGUUGAUAGGCUCCUCGACGCGGGUUUCAUUACCGAAGUCCGGUAUCCCGAGUGGCUGGCCAAUCAGGUUGUCGUCAAGAAGAAAAACGGCAAAUGGCGCAUAUGCGUCGAUUUCACGGACCUCAACAAGGCAUGCCCGAAGGGCAGUUACCCACUUCCUCAUAUCGAUCGCCUCGUCGAAUCAACUGCUGGUAACAAACUCCUGACCUUCAUGGACGCCUUCUCGGGAUACAACUAG